AGAGGAGAGAGAAGACUUCAACAUCAAGACAGUGAAGGAGGAGGAGAAGAAGAAGGGUGGUGAGGAGCAAGAGCAAAAAAUAAAAUAAAAUAAAAUAAAAUAUUAAUUUUUUUUGUUUGGUUGAAAAGAAAAAAAGACAGCUAGCAGUGAAGGAGGAUGCUCACCUACCAUAAUCCCUCCCAAUCACUCACUCACUCACUUGCUGCUGCUGCUGCUACUACUUCCCUCCUCCUUUUCCUUUUUAGCCUCUCCUUUCUCUCCUCUCUAUUUUUCCUCAUUUCAAACACCCCCCUCUCUCUCUCUCUCUCUACUCUACUCUCCCUUCUAAUUCUCUUCACUUCUACUUCUUCUCUGUCUUCAGCAAAAGGAAUUUGGAAGUAUAAUUUCUAAGUUUCCAGUGUUAGGAACUUGAAAACAGAGGAAUCACCUUCAACAUUUUCUUGGAAAAAUAUCAAAAGGAAAAUCUUAGUAGUUAAAAACAAGAAUUAUCACCAUGAUUGGACCAACGAAUUUCAUCGACGAAAUAGAUUGCGGCAGCUUCUUUGAUCACAUUGACGACCUUCUCGACUUCCCUACGGACGAUAUUGACUCUUGUCUUCCGGAUUGCACCAACGCCGUCAAUGUUAACGGAAACGUCAACUCGUUUCCGAGUAUUUGGUCGACUCAGUCCGAUUCACUUCCGGGUUCCCACUCGGUUUUUUCUAGUAACACCAACAAUAAUAGCGCCUCUGAUCUCUCCGCCGAGUUGUCCGUUCCAUAUGAAGAUAUUGUUCAGCUUGAAUGGUUAUCAAACUUUGUUGAGGAUUCCUUCUCUGGAGGAAGCCUUACAAUGAAUAAAGAAGAGUCCACUUCCAUUAACAAGGACUCAUCCCAUCAUCACCAAUUUCAAACCUCAAGUCCAGUUUCUGUCCUAGAAAGCAGCAGCUCCUGCUCUGGAGAGAAAACUGUGCCUCGCAGUCCGGAAAUCAUUGCCUCUGGUAGGCGUGGACGUGCUCGUAGCAAACGUCCUCGCCCUGCCACUUUCACUCCCCGCCCAGCAAUGCAGCUUAUCUCGCCUAGCUCUUCAGCUACCGAAACACCUCACCAGCCUUUUGUUGUCCCUAAGGCACCUUCGGAUUCUGAAAACUAUGCUGAGUCGCGCCUUUUGAUCAAAUUACCUAACAAGCAAGUUGUCCCGGAACAUAAGAAGAAGAAGAAGAUCAAGUUUACUGUUCCAUUAGGUUCUGCAGAGACAAGCCAUGAUUCAUCACCACCACCGCAACAACAAGCGGUCAGGAAAUGUAUGCAUUGCGAGAUAACAAAGACACCUCAAUGGAGGGCAGGUCCAAUGGGGCCUAAAACCCUUUGCAAUGCUUGUGGUGUUCGCUAUAAGUCAGGCCGGCUUUUCCCCGAAUACCGACCUGCUGCAAGUCCAACCUUCGUUCCAUCCUUGCACUCCAAUUCCCAUAAGAAAGUUCUUGAGAUGCGGAACAAGGUGGGCGACAAGCUUGUCAUGCCUGGAGCAACAACAAUAAUGACCAACUCGCCGGAGUUUAUUCCAAAUAACAGCAACCUUGCGAUGGAUUACAUGUGAGGGAGGAAAUGGAGAACCGAAUUCCGAGUCCCCACCCUUUAUGCUAUUUGGUUACUGUUAAUUUCAUUGCUUUGUUAAUUGUUUUUUCUUUCUGUACAGGGAUGGAAUGGGGGAAAUAGAGAGCCAUAGAUGACCAUAUUUUUAGCUAGUAGAGAGAAAGAUUGUAAGGGAACUGAAAAAAGGGUUAGAGCAUAAAAUGGAGCUUUUUAAGGAUAGUAAGAAAGUUUUAGGUGUUUAGUCAUGGGAUAGGUCCUUAAGGUUAUUUAGGUAUUGAGAUUCUGUGUCUGUCUCUUUCUUUUUUUAUUUUUUUUCUUUUUUGUUGCAUUCUUUUUGUUUCCUCCCCUUUCUCUUUGAUGGGUAUUCUUUUUGCAGUUCAAUUUGUUAGUAGAAAAUUCUGAGAUGAGUAAUGGAUUUUGAAAACUUGUAAUGCCUCAUCUACAAUUUUCUUCCAUUCCCUGUUCUUGCUUUCUAUAACAUUCUUCAUUUGCAA